UCUCUCUCACACACACACACACACACACACACUCACACACAAAGACUGAGACUUCGACAUACAGAGCCUGGAUACUUUGACAGCAAGGACACAGCAGCUCUCUAUUUUGAGAACUCACAACUCAAACACACAAUGAAAUGCCAGAUAAUUUUGCCUGCGUGCUUGCUGCUGCUUUGGACACUGACUGCAUUUGUCAGUUGCGCUGGUGAGGAAGAUAAAAUAACAGCGACACAAACCGAUGAAGGGAUUAAGCUGAAGUGUCACACCGACUAUAAUGCUAUCAUGAAAAAUAAUAAAGAGAUACCUUCUCAUGUAUUGACAUAUAGUGAUGAGAACACAGGAGAGUACACAUGUGUGGUUAAAGCCGACGACCCGGAUAACAACAGAAAUGGUCCAAGUAUCUUUGUGAAAUUUCGGACCUGUGACAACUGCGUGGAGCUCGAUGCGGCCUCAAUAAGCGGCAUAGUUGUAGGAGACGUGGUGGCUACCAUUGUGAUAGGAGUGGCUGUCUAUCUUAUUGCAUCUCAGGCUCGGACUGGUCCAAUGCCCUCUCACAAGAAAAGCUCUGAUAGACAGCAUCUGGUUCCAAAUGAAAUGCCCAGCAGAGCCUCCAAUGACCACUACCAGCCGCUGAAAAAAAAAAGUGGUCAGAAAGACACGUACGAUGUACUUCACAACAGAAGAGGACCCUGAGGACACUCAAACAUCUGCAGGAGAGAAAAGUGAGCUUUCUGUUCCUGGGAAUCAUCUCUCAUAUUUUUCUUCUCUGUAUGUAGCUUAAGUUCUCCUUGAGUUAUUUUCACCAUGCCUGUACAAUGAUGCUCUUAUAUAAUAGACCAAUGACAAAUAGACUUGUUAACCUGUUGCUGCAUAUUAUAAUGUUUAUCAGCUGUUGUUGUUAUUUUUGGCAACGUUUUAAUAGAACGAUGUGAUGUUUUCAUUCAUUAUCUAUAUCAUUCUCUUUACAGAAAUAGGGCUGCUACAACAGCCAUCUCAUUUAAUAACUCACUGUAAAAAUGAAGUGUUUAAAAAUGUUGCAAAAUUAAAAAUGAAGGAAUAAAAGUGGUGCUGUUUUGUCAUGUUG